AUGAGUGUAUCCCUGGAGCACAUUAUUGGUUUCAAAGUGAGAGUUACCAACCUUUUGGACGUCGUGACUGAGGGGAAGAUAUACAGUUUCAAUUCGACCAACAAUUCCAUCGUCUUGCAAACAAGCAAAAAAAACCAAGCUCCCUUUGAUUUCAAAGUGAUCAAAUGCAGCUUUAUCAAGCAUUUGACAGUGGUUGGGGAGAAGCCGUCCGCUAACUCGUUCAAAAGGCAGUUCAUCAAACCCAGUGUUGUUCACGUCGACAGAGUCGAAGAACUUUUGCGGGACAAAAUUGCCGCCUCAGACAAACAGAACCUGUUGAGAGGGAGGGGUAUAUCUCCAGAGGGUCAAUUGAUCUUCGACCUGAUCUAUAAGACCAUCCCAGAUACCAAGUGGGUCGACAAGGAUAUUGUCAUCUUAGACGAUAUCGCCGUGGUACCACCUUACCAUACCGAGAACAUCACUACAAGACACGAGAACCAGUCUGUCUCCCUGAUUGAAAGAAUCGUUGAGAGAGGUUGGGCCCAGAUGAGAAGUAAUUCAUCCGAUAAUAACAGUAGAAAAGGUGGAUGA